AUGCCGCUAAAACGAACUCCUCCAAAAACUAAACAAAUGAUUAAUAUUACUUCCGAGAACAUAUCAUCUGCUGCGACAGACACCGAGACAGAGGGCGCUACUUGUAUUAUGAAGCAAAGAACCCGUACACGGAAAAGACAGCAUGAUGACGAAUUGUCCUUAUUUAUGACAGAAAUGAAAAGAACUUUUGAUGAAUUUAAAGAAACUGUUAUGUCGGAUCUCCAUCGGUGCCUGAAUGAAUUCAAAGAAGAACAAGAAAAAAAGUUUUCUGAAUUAAAUAGCACUGUGUGUGAAAUUAAAUGUCAAAAUAGUUCUAUUAUGGAGACUGUCACUUUCAUUUCUAAGCAAUAUGAUGAUAUGAAAAUAAAAUUGGAUUUAUUUGACAAGGAAAAAAAAGAAUACCAACACCGUAUUCACUUACUAGAGAGUAAAAUUGAACAUUUGGAAAGAAAUCAAUUUUUAUCAACUGUAGAAAUUAGAAACAUACCUCCACAAAAAAAGGAGAAUACGCAUGAUCUCUUAGGAAUUGUAUCAAAAGCCACGAAACUAAUUGGAGUACCGCUUAAUCCGAAUGAUAUUUCUAACAUCUUUCGCAUAGGUUCGAAACCAGAAUCAAAACCAAUAGUGGUUAAGUUUUCAAACGUUUUUAUAAAGGAAAAGGUUCUGUCAUAUUUCAAGAAGUACAACAAAGAUCAACAGGAAAACAAACUAUGCACAGCCGAUCUCGAUAUUGUUGGUAAUAGCAAUAAAAUAUAUAUAUCGGAAUAUCUCACUCCUAAAACAAAAAGACUAUUUUUUCUUGCUAGAGAUUUUGCUAACACAUCUGGCUAUAAAUUCUGCUGGACUGCGAGUGGAAAAGUGUUUCUACGCAGGAAAGAAGGUCUACCACCAAUUAGAAUCGAAAGAGAGGAGGAUUUGGAUCAACUUAAAGCCCAUCAUAAACAGGAUUAA